UGCGCGGCGGCGGCGGGGCCGGGCCGUGGCCAUGGAGCGCUGGUCCGGCCGCGUCGCGCUGGUCACCGGCGCCUCCGUGGGCAUCGGCGCGGCCGUGGCGAGGGCGCUGGUGCAGCACGGCAUGAAGGUGGUGGGCUGCGCCCGCAGCGUCGACAAGAUCGAGAAACUGGCAGCUGAGUGCCAGAGCGCCGGCUACCCGGGGACCCUCAUCCCGUACAAGUGUGAUCUCUCCAACGAAGAGGAGAUCCUGUCCAUGUUCUCGGCCAUCAAGACCCUCCACCAGGGGGUCGAUGUUUGCAUCAACAACGCGGGGCUGGCCCGCCCCGAGCCCCUGCUCUCAGGGAAGACGGAGGGCUGGCGGACCAUGAUAGACGUCAAUGUGAUGGCUGUGAGCAUCUGCACCCGAGAGGCCUACCAGUCCAUGAAAGAGAGAAACAUUGAUGAUGGGCAUAUAAUUAACAUUAACAGCAUGAAUGGCCACAGUGUGGUCCCACAGUCCGUGGUGCACUUUUACAGUGCCACCAAGUAUGCGGUGACAGCCCUCACAGAGGGGCUGAGGCAGGAGCUGCGGGAGGCAAAGACUCAUAUACGAGCUACAUGUAUAUCUCCAGGACUGGUGGAAACGGGAUUUGCUUUUAAACUCCAUGAUAAUGACCCUGAGAGAGCUGCUGCAACCUAUGAGAGCAUUCGGUGUCUCAAAGCUGAAGAUAUGGCCAAUGCUGUCAUCUAUGUCCUCAGUGCCCCCCCUCAUGUACAGAUCGGGGAUAUACAGAUGAGGCCCACGGAGCAGAUCUCGUAGCAGGAGCAGAGGCCCUCGGGCAGCACAGUGCAUCCACUCCACUUCAGACCCUCUGGCAAUCCAGGGUGUCAAAGGCUGGCUGGCAACGUUUUAAUCAAGUACCAAGGAUCAUGUUUGAAGAAUUGUUUUUCUCUCCCUCUCUCUGAGCUGGUGCUGGUGCUGAGCCAGUUUGAAAAAAAAAACAAACAAGCAACAACAAGUAGUGGGUCUCUUUUCUCCCCCACUCCUUUGUGAAACUGCUUAAGAGUAAAAUGUAUUUGAUGAUAAUGGAGGGAAGUGGUUUGUGGAAGAUUGUUGUCUCCAGGCUGGUUUAUUCUUCCUUUUGCUUUCUUUUCAAGGUUUGUUUGAUCUUAGUUGCUGAUGCUGUGUGUGGACCUAUGUGAAGUGGCACAAGAUGUUUGCCAGCUUCAGUGUGCUUAGGGUUUGAGAUUUUCAGUGGAUGUCAUACAUGAAUCCAUCUAAUAUUUGGGUUUAUUUUCAUCAGGUUGAUUACUGAUGGUGAUGAUGCAUGUGGUGUUUUCUAUUUCUUUUGUAUUCCACUGCCCUAAACCCAGCAUACAACCUCCCCCACCUCCCCAAGCCCUCCUUUCCCGUUCACAUGGAUCAUGCCUGCCAAGUUUGGGGAAGUAUAAAUGUGUGUGCUUGAUAUUUCUGGUUUUUUUUCUAGGUAGGUAAAUAGUUGGAGGAAAAGUACCUGUACUUGUGCAGGUUAGAACGAUAAUCUCAGUGGCAUAGUUACAGUAAGAGUGAGUUGUUUGGUAUUUUUAAUAAAAACUAAACGUGUGCUGUCUUGUGAUCACCUCUACCCGUGGUAUCAUCUCCCAGCACUCUCGAUGUUCUGUAUGUGAUAUUUGCAUGCAUUGACACUUUUCUGGAAACGUGGAUCAGUCUUAGAAAGAUGUCUGGUGCUGUUGAAAUGCUGGUGCUGAGGAGCUGGAAGUUUGCUUAUGAGGAGAGAUACAAACUCAGAGAGAGAGAGAGAGUGAAAUGAACCGUGCUGAAGGUGUCUGAGACGAAAAGAGACUUGUAGGGGUGUUUGCCUGCAAAGCAGCAGGUGGAAGGGCUGGGUCAGACCUCGUGUUAGUGCUACACUGGUGCAGCCCCAGUGUUUUGCUCUGGGUUUACUCUACUUGAGGGAGGAGAGAAUGGGCCUCAAAGCAGACACGUGCAGAGCUGGAGAGCACUGGAGUUGUCUCGAGACUCUUUGCAGUGUGGUCUGUGUGUGUCCAACUUCCUCUGGAGCUGUUGGACACGUUGCCUUAAGAUUUCAGAUCCGCUCCUGCUGGACUCUGUGCAGUGUUUCUGAGGGCAAAUGUUGGCUCAGGUGGAGCUGGGAUGGUCAGUUGGUCGGAGCAGAGGAUUGGAGAGCCUGAGAAAUUUGGGUUUGGAUGGUUUGGCUUACACCAGGAGAGCUCUGGGAGUCCAUCUGUGUCACCCCACCAUUAGGGAGGCCAGAAUUGGGCCACUACAACAUGAGUUCAACUCCCUGCACAGCCUCGGGCAAGUCACUUUUACCUCUCUGCCUCAGUUUCCCCAUCUGUAAAAUGGGGAUAAUAAUACUUACCUACCUCACAGGGGUGUUGUGAGGACUCACAAGCUUUUGUAAAGCACUUUGACCACGAGAAGCGCUGUGUAAGUGCUGAGUGUUGUAUGAAGUAUUAUUAUUAAUGAAACCUUGUGAUACCUAGAAUUUCCUUGUGCCAAAGGUGAGCAACUGUAGAAGGAUACAAGGAGAAAACUGGCAAAAUGUUCCUUCGUAAUGGCAAAACAAAGGCAAUUUGCCCCCUUUUUUUUUUUUCCUGUUUAUCAACCCAUGCCCAUGGUGUGUUCUGUCCAUUCCUCAUCUGUCACCACUUUCUACUGACAAGUGCACAGAGCCUCCUCUCUGGAUUUGGCUUUUUAAUUUACUGUGAGUGAAAUUCUUGCACAGCUUUAGUGCACUGCCCUCCUCCAGCUUGUUGAGGCCGUGGCUUUGUGUGGGUUCUCUGCACAGAGCAAAUCCAGCAGGUGCUCUGUGCAGUGUGUGCCAUCUUUUUUAAGAGAAAGGAGUUAAACUAGGAGUUGGAGGCCAAAAAAAAAAAAAAAAAAAAAAUUUGAGAAAUUGGGAACUUCUGAGAAGGGGGGAAAAAAAACAAGCAGGGAUGUGGUGAAACAUUGAAUUGGUGUCAGCAACUGCGUGCAAAGUUCAGCAGAUGUUGAAAUUCGUGGCUGAGGAGGGACCUAACUUAUCUCCCUGGAAAAGGAGGAUUUGGAGAGAAUUGCUCAAGAAGGGUAAUUUGGGUAAUUGCUCCCUGCAAACACAACCUGGCUGCCCUGCAGCCCUGGAAGUUGUUUGGUUUUUGUUUGGUUUUUUUUUCCCCCUCCUCAAGAACAUUUGUAACAUUUGCAAGUCUUGAAAUUGUGCCCAGUAUGUUUUUCCAUUUCAAGUGUGUUUCCAGGGGAUAAUUCCUGCUGCCCGUUCACCCCCCCCAUGAAGCAGAGCCCUGCAGAGGGCUCGGUGCGGGUUGUUUGGCCCUGUGGAACCUGGUGGCAUCUCCAGCCACCUUCCUGGGAUGAGAUGGGACACGACCCUGAGGCAUUUGAAACCCCCAAACGGGAGGAUCAACUGUGUAAUUUAUCAGUAGGUUUCUAAUUGUGAGCUGUAAAAUAAAGAAUAAAAAGAGAGGCACACUGUG